AGUCUGAGCAUUCUUUUUUUCUUUUUUAUUACUAUAGGAUGGAGGAUGAAGCUGUCUUGGACAGAGGGGCUUCCUUCCUUAAGCAUGUGUGUGAUGAAGAAGAAGUAGAAGGCCACCACACCAUCUACAUUGGGGUCCAUGUGCCGAAGAGCUACAGGAGAAGGAGACGUCACAAGAGAAAGACGGGGCACAAAGAAAAGAAGGAGAAGGAGAGAAUCUCUGAGAACUACUCUGACAAGUCAGAUGUGGAAAAUGCUGAUGAAUCCAGCAGCAGCAUCCUAAAACCACUCAUCUCUCCUGCCGCAGAGCGCAUACGAUUCAUCUUGGGUGAGGAGGAUGACAGCCCAGCACCCCCUCAGCUCUUCACCGAACUGGAUGAGCUGCUGGCUGUGGAUGGGCAGGAGAUGGAGUGGAAGGAGACAGCAAGGUGGAUUAAGUUUGAAGAAAAAGUGGAACAGGGUGGGGAGAGAUGGAGCAAGCCCCACGUGGCCACAUUAUCCCUUCACAGCUUAUUUGAGCUGAGGACAUGUAUGGAGAAAGGAUCCAUCAUGCUUGACAGGGAGGCUUCUUCUCUCCCACAGUUGGUGGAGAUGAUUGUUGACCAUCAGAUUGAGACAGGCCUUUUGAAACCCGACCUUAAGGAUAAAGUGACCUAUACUUUGCUCCGGAAGCACCGGCAUCAAACCAAGAAAUCCAACCUUCGAUCCCUGGCUGACAUCGGGAAGACAGUCUCCAGUGCAAGUAGGAUGUUUACCAACCCUGAUAAUGGUAGCCCAGCCAUGACCCAUAGGAAUCUGACUUCCUCCAGUCUGAAUGACAUUUCUGAUAAACCAGAGAAGGACCAGCUGAAGAACAAGUUCAUGAAAAAGCUGCCCCGUGACGCAGAAGCCUCUAACGUGCUCGUUGGGGAGGUCGACUUCUUGGAUGGGCCUUUCAUUGCCUUUGUCCGGCUACAGCAGGCAGUCAUGCUGGGCGCCCUGACCGAAGUCCCUGUGCCCACGAGGUUCUUGUUUAUUCUCUUAGGUCCUAAGGGGAAAGCCAAGUCCUACCAUGAGAUUGGCAGAGCCAUUGCCACCUUAAUGUCUGAUGAGGUGUUCCAUGACAUUGCUUAUAAAGCAAAAGAUAGGCAGGACCUGAUUGCUGGCAUCGAUGAGUUCCUAGAUGAAGUCAUUGUCCUUCCGCCUGGGGAAUGGGAUCCAGCGAUCAGGAUAGAGCCUCCUAAGAGUCUUCCGUCAUCAGACAAAAGAAAGAAUAUGUACUCAGGUGAGAAUGUUCAGAUGAAUGGGGACACGCCCCAUGAUGGAGGCCAUGGAGGAGGCGGAGGACAUGGGGACAGUGAAGAAUUGCAGAGGACUGGACGGUUCUGUGGUGGACUAAUUAAGGACAUAAAGAGGAAAGCACCAUUUUUUGCCAGUGAUUUUUAUGAUGCUUUAAAUAUUCAGGCUCUAUCAGCGAUUCUCUUCAUUUAUCUGGCAACUGUAACUAAUGCUAUCACUUUUGGAGGACUGCUUGGGGAUGCCACUGACAACAUGCAGGGUGUGUUGGAGAGCUUCCUGGGCACAGCUGUCUCUGGAGCCAUCUUUUGCCUCUUUGCUGGUCAACCACUCACUAUUUUGAGCAGCACAGGACCUGUUCUCGUAUUUGAGAGGCUUCUAUUUAAUUUCAGCAAGGACCAUAAUUUUGACUAUUUGGAGUUUCGCCUUUGGAUUGGCCUAUGGUCAGCCUUCCUGUGUCUCAUUUUGGUAGCUACUGAUGCCAGCUUCUUGGUUCAGUACUUCACUCGCUUCACUGAGGAGGGCUUCUCUUCUCUGAUUAGCUUCAUUUUUAUCUAUGAUGCUUUCAAGAAGAUGAUCAAGUUAGCUGAUUACUACCCCAUCAACUCCAACUUCAAAGUGGGCUACAACACUCACUUUUCCUGUGCCUGUAUGCCUCCCGGCCCAGUUAAUAUCUCGGUAUCUAAUGACACUACAUUGGCUCCAGAGGAUUUGCCAACUAUGUCUUCUACUGACAUGUACCAUAAUGCUACCUUUGACUGGGCAGUUUUGUCAAAGAAGGAGUGUUUGAAAUAUGGAGGAAAUCUCCUGGGGAACAACUGUGAUUUUGUUCCUGAUAUCACACUCAUGUCUUUCAUUCUCUUCUUGGGCACCUACACGUCUUCUAUGGCUCUGAAAAAAUUCAAAACUAGUCGUUAUUUCCCAACCACGGCACGAAAACUGAUCAGUGAUUUUGCCAUUAUCUUGUCCAUUCUCAUCUUUUGUGUAAUAGAUGCCCUGGUAGGUGUGGAUACUCCAAAAUUAAUUGUGCCAAGUGAGUUCAAGCCAACAAGUCCAAACCGUGGUUGGUUUGUUCCGCCAUUUGGAGGAAACCCCUGGUGGGUGUGCCUUGCCGCUGCUAUCCCCGCUUUGUUGGUCACCAUUCUGAUUUUCAUGGAUCAGCAAAUCACAGCUGUGAUUGUAAACAGGAAAGAACAUAAACUCAAGAAAGGAGCUGGGUAUCACCUGGAUCUCUUUUGGGUGGCUGUCCUCAUGGUGGUGUGCUCCUUUAUGGCUCUUCCAUGGUACGUGGCUGCUACUGUCAUUUCCAUUGCUCACAUCGACAGUUUGAAGAUGGAGACAGAGACUUCUGCACCCGGAGAACAACCAAAGUUUCUCGGAGUGAGGGAACAAAGAGUCACUGGAACCCUUGUGUUUAUUCUGACUGGUCUGUCAGUCUUUAUGGCUCCCAUCUUGAAGUUUAUUCCCAUGCCUGUACUCUAUGGCGUGUUCCUGUAUAUGGGGGUAGCAUCCCUUAAUGGUGUCCAGUUCAUGGAUCGUCUGAAGCUGCUUCUGAUGCCCCUAAAGCAUCAGCCUGACUUUAUCUACCUGCGCCAUGUCCCCCUGCGCAGAGUCCACCUGUUCACUUUCUUGCAGGUGUUAUGUCUAGCCCUGCUCUGGAUCCUCAAGUCAACUGUGGCUGCUAUCAUUUUUCCAGUCAUGAUCUUGGCACUUGUAGCUGUCAGAAAAGGCAUGGACUACCUCUUCUCCCAGCAUGACCUCAGCUUCCUCGAUGAUGUCAUUCCAGAAAAGGACAAGAAAAAGAAGGAAGAUGAAAAGAAAAAGAAAAAGAAGAAAGGAAGUCUGGAUAGUGACAACGACGAUUCCGACUGCCCAUACUCAGAAAAAGUUCCAAGUAUUAAAAUUCCAAUGGACAUCAUGGAACAGCAACCUUUCCUAAGUGAUAGCAAACCUUCUGACAGAGAAAGAUCACCAACAUUCCUUGAACGCCACACAUCGUGCUGAUAAAAUUUCUUUCCUUCAGUCACUCGGUAUGCCAAGGCCUCCUAGAACUCCAGUAAAAGUUGUGCCUCAAAUUAGAAUAGAACUUGAGCCUGAAGACAAUGAUUAUUUCUGGAGGAGCAAGGGAACAGAAACUACAUUGUAACCUGUUUGUCUUUCUUAAAAAUAACAGUUUUUAUUGUUAAUGUUUUUGUUUUUUUCUGAUCGUUUAUUUUCUAAUUUUUGUUUUGGUUUAGUUAUUGACCAUUGGCCUAAUAAUACAACGCUCUCUCUGCUUCUCUUUUGCAUAGGUAAAAUUAAGACAAUAGUGUACCAUUCCUUGAAAACAACAUCUGAAGGAUCCCCUUUUUGUUCUUAUACUUUCAGAUGUGUCCUCUGACAACCAAAUUCCUCUGUCACUCAAGAUACACACAGACCCUGCCAUUUUCCUUUAUUAAGCAGGAGUCAAAAGUAUUAAGGAAUUUAUAACACCUUUUAUUCAAAUAUUGAAGGAACUUACAACUUAAGCUUUGGAGCUGUGCUAGUUGGCUUGUCUUUCUGUCUGGUAGAACAAACCUUGACCUCCAGACAAAGUCUCUUCUCGCUUAUAGAGCUCUCCAGGACUGGAAAAGUGCUGCUAUUCUAAUGCUCUUGCUUGUAAACCCUAAUCCUAGAGUUAUCAAAAGAAGAAAAACUAGAGGUACUUUACUCCCUGUAGAGAAACUAUUGCCAUCAUUGUAGCAAGUGCUGGAAUGUCCCUUUUUCCUAUGCAACUUUUUUUUAACCCUUAAUGAACUUAUCUGUUGAGUACAUUUGAAGAAUAUUUUUCUUCCUAGAUUUUGUUGUUUAAAUUAUGGGGCCUAACCUGCAACUUAUUUUUUUGUCAAUUUUUUAAACUUUUUUUUAAUUACUGUAAAGAAAAUGAAUUUUUUCCUGCAGCAGGAAACAUAGUUGUGAGUAGUUCUACCUCUUAUUUGUAGCUGCCAGGCUUUCUGUAAAAAUUGUAUUGUAUAUAAUGUGAUUUUUACAUGCACAAACACACAUACAUACAUACAAGUACACAAUCUCUAGGGUAAGCCAGAGGGCUGGAUCAGAUGAAAAACACCAUGUUUCUAAGCAUCCAUUUUUCCCUUUCUUUAAAAGAAAUUUAUCUGUUCUAUGAAAAAGAUGGGAGGAGAAGGGAGAAGAAGCUCCUAUGUAAUGAGAAUGACUGAUGUUUUGAUAAUAGUAGGAUCCUGGCACAGAUGCUGAUUGUAUUACCAUGUCGAUGUCCUAUACAGUAUUGUUAGACAUCUUUUUUUCAUUUUGAAAUAUUUGUGUGUUGUGUAUGUACUCUGUGUGUGGUUGAUGCACAAUGUGCAGAGUUAGAGACAGAGUGAUGGCAGGCGAAGGGCAAAGUUAUCCAGCCUCUUAUGUCAGUUUUUAUAAAACCCAAACCACAUAUGAAAAAUCUAUCAGAGGGCCAAGAGAAUUACCAUUAUGCAAAUGAGGGUAAAUAUAUUUUAUUACUCAGACAUCAGUCACCAUCACUGAUACAAUAACCCAUAUUUACAGUACAAAAUCCACAGAAAUAUCCAUAGACCAUUUAUACAUCCAUAAAGUGUUUAUGGGACUACAGAUAGAUCUGUAGAGGUAUAUGUGUAUACAUUUUAACAAUACUUACACAUUUUUUAGAAUUGAAAGGAAAUUAUGCCUUGUGAUAGGGAUGUUUAGGAUAUAUAUGUAUGUGUGUACUUCAAAGUACCAUAUUGAAAAUUAGAAAAAAAAUAGAUCUUUAUUAACUAAAUUUAGCAUGUUAUUUAAAUAUAAUGUUUUUAAUAGGUUGCAUUAUAUAUUGUGAAUCUUUUUAAAAACAUUUAAAUGUUGAAUCUAUAUUUUGGGUUCAUAUAAUGACAUUUUGUGAUAUAUCUUAACUAAAACAGAUUGUUAUAGGUCUAGAAGCAGGUUGAAACCACCUAUUUUGGUUUCAUAAUGCACACACAUUGACUCCUAUUCAUUCUUAUAUUAAUUAAAUUAUAAUUCUGUCCUCUUGAAGUUCGAUUAUAAAAAAUUUAUUAUCCUGAAUUAGCUGUUAUUUUUAUAGUAUCUGAUAAUUUUAAAACUUUCAAUUUCAUGCAAAUUAGAUAUAAGUGACUUGCAAUUUUUUCAUUUAAAUGAAAGUGGCAAAUUACAUGCUAUUGGUUUAAAUCUCAUGUGCCAAAUUUUGGCAUCACAUUUUUAUUUAUAGCUAUCCUUAAAAUAAUUAUUCUAUAUUUUCUAGUUUUUCAUUAUCCUAAUGUAAAACUAUAUCAGAAGGUUCUUCCCCCCUUUUUUAAAGUUUUCCCUUUUCUUUACUGAUGGAAGUAUCAAUAAAAUGUUUAAAAGCCACACAUAAUAUGUUCAGCCUAACCUACAUCUUGUUAAAUUAAUGACAUUUUUGUUCACUUUUAUACAAUCUCUAGAUAUAAUAAUUUAUUUUUCUGACAAUGGAUUUCCAUCCUUUUCAAAGAACUAGUACAACCUAACUCCAUAUUUCAGCCUUUGAGUAGAUCUAAAAGCUAUCUGCACCUCCAUUUAUGAUCCAUAUUCUGUGAUUGAAGGUUGAUACUCAUAAUAUGAAUGCAGAGUAGUGCCUUACGUUUGCUAAAAAGAACUGUUAUUAUCAAAGCUUUUCAAUAUUUUGGAACCCAGAGAAAUCUUUAAAAAAUCAUCACUUUCAGAGAAACAGCAGUAGUUACCAAGUAAACAAAACUUGAGCCACCAAAUUAUCUGUAUCUUAAUUGAAUUUACUUAUUAUCAAAGAACUAACUAGAUUGGGUGGUUUUGCUUCUAUGUAAACUGGACACACACAAAACACUGGUAAAUUUUUACAAAGUGUUCUCUCUGAUAUAAAUACAGAGAAAAAAUAUUUAAGUUGUUAGCAGUAAAGGACUAAGUGUACACUCAGAAUUGUUAACCAGAAGUUGUGUGGUUGUACAGACUUGUUGUUAGAAGGAAAGAUCUUUAGGCCAAAAGUUUGCCUUCUGGGAACAUGAAAGUCUCUGGUUUUGCAUUUGAAAAAUCUCUUGGAGGCACUGUUUUCCUCAAUAAAAGUCACUCUUCUCUACUAUGUAAAACUAGGACUUGGAACCCUAAUUAUUUUGUGUGCCAUAGACAGUAGCGUCCCUGACUCUUCUAGUCAAACAACUGAGUAGGGGUAGGGAGAUGGAACUUUAAAGGAAUAGGAAAAACAUCCUCUCUAAUCAGCCCCCUACCUCAAAGAAUGGGGGAGGGGGAGUAAACGUCUGCCUUAAGUAAUUCAGUUUGUGUAUAUUUUAUGCACAUGCACCAACACACACAGAGUAAAUCUUUUAUCAGCUGUAUAUUGGUGUUUAAUACAGAGAAAGAUUGUCUUCCAAGUUUUGGUUCCUUUUUUUUUUUAACUGUGUUAAAGUACUUGAAUUGUAUUGACUGCUGACUAUCUUUAAAAACAAAACAAAAUCAUUUGAGUUGUAUUAUAGAGGUUGACAUUGUUCAGGGAUGGGACAAAGCUUUCUUCAAGACUUUUCAUACCACUUAAUAAUUUUGGUGCAAGAACAUGAAAUUUUCUUAUUUUUUCCUUGAUAUCUUACAUUUGCUCUUCACAGCAUGAGCAUGAAGCCUAGUGGCGCCAAGUAGCUGAACAAAAUCAAAUGAUAUUUUAUGGCACUUGAUUAUCUGAAGGGCCUUGGGAGUUUUCAGAUGAUAAUUUCAUUGAACUUCAUUGUAGCCUGAAAUAAAGUUGUGUGAUAAAUGUGAACCAAUCAAGUUGUGUUUUGACCAGAUAUUUGGAUAUGUCCUAUUUCUUGGCUCAUUUCUUUGUGUUCUGUGGGUACAUAUAAAAAUCCUGAAUUCUAUUUCCUAGGCAAAUAUUGCAACUCAGGGCUAAUGUCAUCCAGUGAAACUUUUAGAGCCAGAAGUAACUUUGUCCCAUUCCUACAAUGUGAAAAGAGUGAAUAGUUGCCUCUUUUUAGCCAUUUUCAUGGCUGGUACAUAUUCGUACACAUUACUUUUCAGAAUCAAUACGCACUUUCAGAUAUUCUUAUUUUUAUUCUAUUAAGUCUUUAUUAACUUUGGAGAAACGAUGCAUCUUUUUAUUUUAAAUGAAGUAGAUCAACAUGGUGGAACAAAAUAAUAAAGAACAGAAAACGUUUCAAUAUAUUACUAAUAAUUUUUUUCCAAUAUAAAACCUAAAAUUCCUAUAACAUUAUAGUAUUUUACAGUUUUAUGAAGCUUUCUAUUGUGACUUUUAUGGAAUUAAGAGAUGAAGAAGAUGAGAUAUUUUAGCAUUUAUAUUUUUCAAAAUUAAAUGUAUACUUAAAAUAAAGUAACUUUAUGCAUUUA